AUGGCCACCACACCGCAGCAGGUCGAGCGAUACUCGUACGUCCUCGGGGCAGGAUACCAACUUGGUACCACGAUAGCGACAGCUUCGGUCGCUAUUCAGCUGUUCAUGGUUCUAUACGGCCUUUCUGUAUUCCUCGAGACGCCGCAGUCGUUGAAGAAGGGACGUCUUCCUUAUGUCGCAAUUAGCUUCCUCAUAUUGGUGAUGUCUGGUAUUCCAAUGGGAAUCGACACAUUUGGGUUCUUCGACUGCCUUUAUCGAGUUGGAGGUGGAAGACCCUUUUUGAGAUGCAUCGUUGAGACCCAGUACCUGUGGUACAACGUAUGCAGCACCGUUCUCACCCAAUUGCUCAUCAUAUUAGGUGACGGUAUCUUGUUCUAUCGUUGCUUUAUCAUUUGGGCCGACAAAAAGAUCGUGCUCGUACUACCUGGUCUCUUGUACCUGGCUUCCAUUGCGAUUACGCUGUGGAAGUUUAUCACUGUCAUUGGGAACACGGUGGAAGAUCCUUUCUGGCACGAGCGAAUGACCGGGACAGCGUUCCUCAUGCUUACCGUCGCUCUCAAUGUCGCCAACACGAGUUUGAUCGCAUACCGCCUCCUCCAUUCCUAUCGACAUAUCUCUUCCGCUCUUCCAGGACGAAGCAUGAAGCCUUACGAACGCGCCUUGAGCAUCCUCAUCGAGUCGGCCGUGCCGUUGACCAUAACUGGAUUGGGCUAUGCAAUCAACGAAGCAGUCAGACUAACUAUCGUACCGGCUUCAGCAGGGUCGACCACGGGGCGUCAGACUGAAAUAUUGACGAAGAUCGUCGGGGUGGCCAGCGUGUUCAGCCCACUAUACACCGCAUUCGCUGCGUUAUCCCCUCAGAUGAUUAUAUUCCGGGUGACAACCGGAAGGUCGUGGAUGCGACACGAGGAGACAACGGCUCCAAUUCAAUCGACGCCGGAAGGUCUUCGAUUUGACAAAGGUUCUUCAGCAAGCUACCUUGACGAGGAGGAGCUUCCUGGCGCCGCGGGCACUGGGGACAAGUCAGAGAACUAA